AUGAAGUCCACGAUCCUCUCUGUCUUCGGCCUUGCCGCCACCGUUGUUGCUCAGAGCGCCGGUGACCUUCCCCAGUGUGGUCAAACCUGUGCCGGCAACAUGAUCAGUGCUGAGAAGUCUUCGGAGCUUGGCUGUGACACUGGCGAUCUUCAGUGCCUUUGCACUAACCAGAACUUCAUCUACGGUCUUCGUGACUGCUCUCGUGCUAUUUGCAAUGAGGAGCAGGCCGCUCAGGUUCUGGAGUACGGUCUCUCUAUCUGCCGCCAGGCUGGUGUUGCGAUCACCACUGGCGCUUCUGGCUCCGUUUCCGCCACACCCACUGCUACUGGCAUUGUCCGAACCGUCCUCAGCACCAUUGUUUCUGGUGACUCCACCAUCGUUUCUGCCGUUUCUACCAUCAGCGCUGCCGCUAGUGAGACCGAGGAUGAGGAGACCGUGUCAACCUACACCAGCGUCUUCACCAACUCUGAUGGUGAUGUUGUCACUACUACUGGCGAGACUACCAUCGGUGCCGCUAGUGAGACUGAGAAUGAGGAGACCGUGUCAACCUACACCAGCGUCUUCACCAACUCUGAUGGUGAUGUUGUCACCACCACCGGCGAGACCACCAUCGGUGCAGCUGGUGCCCAAGUUACCACUUUCACCUCUGACGGUACCGAGAUCGUCCGAACCCUGGAGACUGAGACUGCCACCGACGAGGACGAGAACGUUACCACCUUCACCUCUGGCGGCACUAAGAUUGUCAGCACUCUGGUGACCAAGACUGCUACUGAUGAGGAGGCCGAUGUCACCACCCUCACUUCCGAUGGCACUGAGAUCGUCCGAACUCUGACCACUAAGACUGUCAAGACCGGUUCCGCCACCGAGACCGUUACUGAAGCCUCUACUGCCACCGAGACUGAGGGUUCUACCGAGACUGGCGAGUCCAGUGAGACUGGUACUGCCACUGGCACUGGUGAGGCCAGCGAGACCACUAGCACUGGCAACGCUGCUGUUCCCCAGAUGACCGCUGCCCCUGCUGGCGUCCUUGCCGCCGCCGGUCUUGCCAUGCUCCUUCUGUAA